GUCGUGCGCGGGCGGCGCCGGGAAAGGAAUAGAGGCCUCUUUGGGGCCAGGGCAGUCUCCUCGUCCCCCUCGUCCCAUGCCCCUUUCUGAUCGUUUCUGGCUUUGUAUGGACUCCCCGCACACACCCUCUUCCCUGGUCUCCUUAGGCCGGGGUCCAGUGUCUGGGCGCCGGCUCGGUUGACCUGUAGACAGGAGGGGAUUGCGCCCUGGGGGUUGUCUCCCACAUAAGGGAGGAGAGCGAAAGCUUCCUAUCUCCCUUGCUGUAGGUCAGUUGAGCCCCUUCCCCCCACCCUUUCCCCAGGGAAUCAAAUCUCUCCCCAGCCUAAGAAGAGAAAGUUCAGAGCUUCUUCCUCCCCCAUGCUCUUUCUCCUGUCUCAGCAGCCUCUCAUUAUUCAUCCUUCUGUCUUACUGCUCCAGCACGUCUCGGCUCAGGUCUCACCUGCUCCAGGAAAUCUUUAAGGAUUCUCUUAGGUGGAAAAUAUCAUCAGGUUUGGGUUCAGCAUGUCACAGCACUCAGGCUGAUAGCCAAGGCACUAUUGGACAACCCUAUCUUUUUCUAUCACCUCAUCCUCAAGACUGGAUGACGCCAGACACUGAGGACAACUCCCGGAGGGCCACUUCACAGCAUGACCACUUAGCUUCCUGACUGGGAGGUCCCCCUGCCACCCCCCCUGCCCUGUUCCCACCUCCCCACCCCAAGUGAUGAGGGAGUGAGAUUUCAGAGCAGGGGGGGGUGACGGCAGUAGAGGUGGGGGGAAGGGGUGGGUGGGUUGGGGAGAAUCAAUUUUGGUGCCAAAUUUGAAACAUUUUCCCAAAACAGUUUUGCAAAAUGACAAGCCUGUUCCGCAGGAGCAGCAGCAAUGGUGGGUCCCGGGGUGGGGGGAACGCCUCAGCCCAGGAACUCAACAACAGUCGGCCUGCUCGGCAAGUCCGGCGCCUGGAGUUUAACCAGGCCAUGGAGGACUUCAAGACCAUGUUCCCCAACAUGGACUAUGACAUCAUUGAGUGUGUGCUGAGAGCCAACAAUGGCGCUGUGGACGCUACCAUUGACCAGUUGCUGCAGAUGAAUCUGGAUGGGAGCAGCUAUGAUGACAGCUCAGAUUCGGAUGACAGCAUCCCUCCUGAGAUUUUGGAACGGACUUUGGAACCAGAUAGCUCUGAUGAAGAGCCUCCACCAGUAUAUUCACCUCCUGCCUACCACAUGCACAUGUUUGACAGGCCUUAUCCCCUGGCUCCCCCAACCCCACCUCCCAGGAUAGAUGUGCCUAGUGCUGGAGUCCCCCUAACCCAGAGGCGCUAUCGUAACUGGAACCCCCCACUUCUGGGCAAUCUUCCUGAUGACUUCCUUCGGAUUCUGCCCCAGCAGCUGGAUAGUUUGCAGAAUACCCAGAGUGGCCCCCCAAAGCUAGGGCUUGGGGAAGUCAGCCAACCCAUGGUGGGAAACCUGGAGGAGGAAUGCCGGUGGAAGCAGUACCUAGAAGAUGAGCGGAUUGCCCUCUUUCUUCAGAAUGAAGAGUUCAUGAAGGAGCUUCAAAGGAACCGAGACUUCCUCCUCGCCCUAGAGAGGGAUCGAUUGAAAUAUGAGUCCCAGAAAUCCAAAUCUAGCAACAUGGCCGUCAGUAAUGACUUUGGUUUUCCAUCUACUGUCACAGGUGAUGCUGCCUUGGGAGCCAGCGAAGCCAACCCUGCCGUGUCUGAAGAUGCCUUAUUCAGGGACAAGUUGAAGCACAUGGGGAAAUCCACCCGGAGGAAGUUGUUUGAACUUGCCAGGGCCUUCUCUGAGAAGACCAAGAUGAGGAAGACAAAGAGAAAACAGUUGUUGAAGCACCAGUCGGCAGGCUGGGGACUGCAGCAUCGACAGCUAAUCUCCUGGAUGACGUGGAAGGCCAUGCGUGUGAAGAAGACUUCCGGGCAAGGAAGCAGGAGACACUCAAGGAGGAGGAAGCACCCAGAGAAGGACAGUAAGAGGUGCUGGAGUUCACCGGAGAUGAAAUGUCCUAACGGGCAGCCAAAUAGUGAAGGCCUGGCCUUGGCUGCCGGGACCUGCUGCAGUAAGACAGAGGGUGUGUGAGCAUUGAGGCACCAAGUUUCUCCGGCUAGAGCACUCUGCUCCUCCGAAGCUUUGCUUCCAACUGCCUCUUGUUCUUCCCCUCUUGUGCAGAGUUUUGGAACUUUGGGAUUGCCACAUUGUGAUUGGAGGAAGCAUCUGAGGCUCCCCUGCCAAAGGCAGCUGCCAAUCACAGUAUUCUCUUGUAGCUGUGUUGUUUUAGGGGCAAUGAGGAGAGGGGGAUUUUCCUCUCCCAUUUUUAAAAUGUCUCUCUGUGCCUCUUGGCUUCCCUUCCCUCCCUCCCACCAUUCCUCUCCCUAAAGGAGCAGGUCCAAUCAGUGGGAGGGUUGGACACAUAAAGCACAGGCCCAAGUUAAUGUAUGGGCAAGGACAAAAUGGAUCCUCUUCUCCCCUCAAGUCCCCAUCUCUCUCUCAGACUAGUCUAGACUUCACUGAAGAAUUGGAGCUAUCAUCUAAUCUUUCCAUCCCUCUCAAACACCCUGCUCUUUUUCUUUCCUGGGCCCCUGGCUGCUAUUUUUCAGGAUGAGACCCAUCUUCCCACUCUUGUUCCCUGUUGAGAGGUCCUUCAGCCACACGGAUGAAGAAACAGGGACAGAUGGGAAAACCACACUUGGACUGGGGUAGCAGAAGGGGAUGGGUUUUCUGUGAUGAUCUAGAGCAGAAUGCCUAACUGGGAGAAGUUUCCUGAAGUUUUCCCUAAGGUUGUGUUUCCCAGAAAAAGGGGCUUAGAGGGAUAGCUCUAGAGCUGGAAAUAAGUCAUGUAAUCUAAACCAUUCAUUUUCCAGAUAAGGAAACUAGGGUCCAGAGAGGUUCAUUGAUCCACCCAAGAUUACACAAGUACUUUUUUUUUUUUUUUUUUGACAGAAAUGGGAACUGAACUCAGGUUCUAUAAUUCCUAGUUCAGAGUUCCAUGUAUUCUUCCCACUGUGCCAUAAGCAGAGAAAUAUUAUCAUAGGGAAAACUCUCACCUAUUAUAUUGGAGGUUGCUGGUGGUAGUGGUAGGGGACCCUCUCUAAUUAUCUGUAAUUGGAACAAAGACAGGAUGGAACACUUGUUUCCCUUAUUCCUGUUGGGAAAUAGAAUGGGGGAAAGUUGUCCAAUACGGAGUCAGCAGCGGUAGAAAGCUAUUGGGCAUGAUACCAGUGCUUUACUUUGACUACUGGGCUAGACUUCUAGGCUCAAGACACUCUGCAGGCUGGAUGAUGGGGGAAAGGAAAAGGGAAGGGGGGAAAGAAGAAGAAGGGCUCUAGUUGGCAGAGGAGGGGAGCAGGUUUCCCCUAUCCUCUGGAAGCACUCUUAUUAAGCUAACCCUAGAUCUCGAGGGAGGAGCUUGAUGCUCAUAAGCAGAAAAUGUUAAACUGUGAGGCUAUCUGAGCUAGAAAGAACAGUGGAGAAACAGCUGUUUUUUUAAUACAGUGUGCAGGGGCAAGGGGUGGAGUUGCCCUGGGUAUCACCUGCUUAGCCUUGAAAGCUGGCCUCAGUGCAGGCUGAGUCCUGUUUAGGGUGGGGAAGAAACCUGUUCUAAGAGGAAGCUCUACAGGGGGCCUAUUCACUCUCUCACUAACCUACUCAUUGUCCCAGAGAGUUUACUCUCUCUGCCUCUUCACAUUAGUGGGUUGUUACAGGGAUAGGGAGAAGUUGAUCUGAGGAAUCAGGAAGCUUGGAAAGAGAAGAGCUUUUAGGGGAGGGGUUUUCAGCUUCACUAAAGCAUCAAAUCUCUACUGCUCAGUAUGGAGCUUGGUUAUUGUUAAUAGUGGGGUAGUAGGAGGAAGUCCAUAGCUGAUUUGGGGGGAUAUAUUAGCAGGAAAUCAAGAUCAAAUGAGAUUAUUCUUAUAGUAUUCUUUCUCCUAGCAAGAAAGGAGGGGAAAGAGGGGAAAGAGAGAGAGAGAGAGACUAUGCGAUUAUGUGGGGAGAAAGGAUUUAUAGACUCAUAAUUUCUCCUUCUUCAUCCCUCAAGUUCCAGUGCUCUCUACCCCAAACCCUUGGGGGGCCCAAAGAAGGAAGGAUUCCAGAAUGGGCGGCUCCUCUGGUCAGUGGUUGGGCCUGGAAUGUACUCAGGUCUGCUGGCUGGCAGGCCCAGGCCCUGGAAUGUGCCUGCAGCUACCAAGGGGAGAGGAACCGCUUAUGAAAUGUAACCAAGUUUGGAAGUGUGUGCAGAGGUUGCUAGGGGUGAAGUUGGAGUGGGGCCACAGGUAACAGAAGGCAUUUUGGCACAGGAAUGAAUAAUUCACAGCUGAGGAGAGAAAGGCCAUCUUCUUUCCCUCCCUUUCUCUUUCUCUCCUCCCUCCCUUUUGUUCCUCUCCUUCCUUUCCCUCGUAGCUGGCAAGCUCUCCUCCUCAUUCAGGUCCCUUACCCAGCAAAAGGAUCUUUUUGGUUUCGAGGUUUUCCCAAGGCCUCCCCACCCACUUGUGCCUUCCUUCUAGCCCUACGAGGACAACAAGAAGAGAACAAGACUCCAAAGCUGCCUGAUCUUUCCAUCUAGAGGUCAACACCCCUAACCCCAGCCAGCCAGAGGGACAGUGAUUUCCCCUUCCACAAUGCCAAUAUGACACAGGCUAAAGGCCCAAGAGGGUCCCCACUCGGGAUCCCGGAAUCUAUUAUUCCCUGAGAACAGGGAAGGGACCUGCCUUGGUGAAUCAUUUUAUCCAAAACUAAAUGGAAAACAAAACAUCCAGAGUCUGCCCCCAGUCUCUCUUGAACCUCCAGAGAGAAGGAUGGUGAGAUGGAAAUAGCCAAAGCAAGCGAUCUUCAGAGACUCAUUUCUCUUGCAAUCAAAAAGUUGUUCACUUCUAGCAAAGUUUGUGCAGUGAGGAAUAUAUGAAAAGUCUUUUAAACAAAUAAACCUCCAAUUACUUCGGGAAUUUAUAAGGUGGAAACCCAAUCUUGAGCUUUGUGAGUGUUGGUUGCUAUGUUAGGUUUUGUUUCCACAUGUGAUGUUGUUGUUGUUUUUUCUUAAAGAUGUUUAAUAGGAAUUCAUAUAAUAAAGUCAUGGUGUACUCUUAA